UUUGUGCUUCAUACGGUAACCAUUCACCGAAUAAUAAAUAACAGUCUUCUCGUGCCCACCAUAAAUUUUUCGACUUUGAUUUUUGAUUUGCUUUCAUCCGAAACAACAAACGACAACAAUGGCCAUCGAAGGAAAAUAUCAAAUGGAAUCUUCGGAACAUUUCGAAGAAUUUGUCAAAGAAAUGGGCCUUGACGUCGACAUGACCAACGUUGAUCUCUCGAAAACUUCGACCAUGGAAAUCUGCAAAGAUGGUGACGUGUAUCACAUCAAAAGCGAAACGGCCGGCAUUGCUCAUGAGAUCAAAUUCAAAGUGGGCGAAGAAUUCGAAGACGACAUGAAUGGACAUAAAUUCAAGAAUGUCGUCACCAUGGAAUGUGAUAACAAAAUGGUGCAGAAGAAAACAUCGGCCGAUGGUGGCAAAGUGGUGAAUGUUGUGAGAGAAUUCACUGAUGCCGGUUGUACAGUGAAAUCCACCUACAACACUGUCACUUGGACUCGUGUCUAUAAACGCAUGUAGAUCAUGAUGAUGGCACAUUAAUCGAGCCAUCAUUGGCUUAUUAUUUGAUUUGGGAUUUUAAAAUUUCUCUCUCUUCUUCUCUCUCUCUCUCUCUGCAUGAGAAUAAAAUUUUUCGUUCGAAUUUCAAAAAUUCAAUUGCAUUCGCCACCGUCAGAUGGCGAAUUUGAUUUUUAAUUUA